CACACACUAACUAAUCUCACCAAUGGAGAGACCUAUACGUUAUCAAUUGUAGCCAAAUCAUCAACAGACCUAGUCAGUGAAAGUGUUCAUUAUAUGAAUGAUGUUCCCUUGAUUCCAUCUGCUCUAGUUCUGGAUACAUCUCCAACAGUCACAUCCACUACCAUCACUAUCACUGGUAGUGUUCCCACUGGCUCAGUGGUGACUGGCUUUGUAGUCCAGUGGCAGAGAGACACGUCAGUUGGUGUUCCAAUACAAGUAUCGAAGUUUACGAUGUAUCAAGGUUUUAGUGUUUCAUACGAAUAACUGGACUAGAACCAGGGAAUAGGUACACCAUUACUGUGACAGUCUUCAAUGCAGCUGGCAGUGGUCCAGUCAGUAAUACUGUAACUGCAACAACUGAGGAAUCAGGUAAGAGGCUCAGUCAAUAUUGUGUGACUUAUCCCUGUUAUUCAGUUUUCUAUACAGAUCCUACACGAGGUCCCAGCUCAGUCAGAAGUGGUACAGUCACUGCCAGUAGUAUAACUGUCCAUUGGGAGAGGUGUCUUGUCUUGACCGUAAUGGAGAGAUAACUGGUUACAUAGCACAGG